AGCUGUGUAUUAUGCAAGAAAUAAUCUUACCUCAGAGGUGGUUGCAAUCAAAAAAGAUGUCAUUUACUGGAAAGCAAUCAGCUGAGAAAUGGCAAGAUAUUAUCAAAGAGGUGAAAUUUCUACGGCAAGUGAAGCACAAGAAUACAAUAGACUACAAAGGAUGUUAUUUAAAAGAACAUACAGCAUGGCUUAUCAUGGAAUAUUGUUUAGGAUCUGCAUCAGACAUUAUUGAAGGUAAGUCACUUUAAAAAUAUCC